UUCCCUUCCCUUCCCUUCCCUUCCCUUCCCUUCCCUUUCCCUCCCCACUCCUACAUUCCCACUUUCCGGCACCGACCGCGGGCCGUCGUUGGUCCAGACCUUCACCUGCCCGCCGGGACGCCGCUGGGCACCCCCUCCUCCCACAGGGCACCCGGUCCCUGACCCGCCUCCCCUCUCCCCUCAUCCCCCGCCCCCCGCCGCUCCCCUGCUCCCUCUCCCUCCGCGUCUUCUCCUCUCCCCCUCCCCGCGAAGUUUCGGGGCUGUCAGUCUGUCAAGUCUCUGGGGCCGUCCGCACCCGAGCUGCAGAGCCCGCGAGGGGGAGCAGGAGAACUGGGCGCCCGGGUCGGGGCCGCGUCGGGGCCGGUUCCCGCCUCACCCACAGCCGCCGCCCGCGCCGUGCAGGGUCGGUGGCCGGAUCCCCAGGAGGAGUCACCCUGGGUUGCCAUGAGAGAGACCUUGGAGGCCCUCAGCUCCCUGGGACUCUCUGUGGGACAGCCGGAGAUGACCCCUCAAAGUGAGCCUGGGGAACAGUCCCACAAUGCGCAGGAGCGGAUGUCUCCUCCCCGGGAAGACAGAGUGCUGGGUACAUGCUCAGGGCACGAAGCCCCCAGACCGGAGAAAGGUGCCCCCACGGAACAAGCUGAAGCUCCCUGCAGAGAAGGCCAGGUGUGUGCACCACAAAAGCCUGAGCCCACAGGCUCCUGCCCAGGGGACGAGUGGAUGAUUCGGAAGGUGAAGGUAGAGGAGGAGGAGGAUCGGGAGGCCCACGAGGAGGCGGAAUGGCCCGAGCAUCUGGCACUACGCCCCAGCCCGUUUCCCUCGUCUGACCUGGGGUCUCUGCCCGCCGCGUAUAAGCUGGAGCCAGGGGCCCCAGGAACACUGGGUGGGCUCGCGCUGACCGGCUGGGUCCCGACCGCCUCGGAGAAGCCCUAUGGCUGCGGAGAGUGCGAGCGCCGGUUCCGGGACCAGCUGACCCUGCGGCUACACCAGCGGCUGCACCGCGGCGAGGGCCCGUGCGCCUGCCCCGACUGCGGCCGCAGCUUCACGCAGCAAGCGCACCUGCUGCUGCACCAACGCAGCCACCGCGGCGAGCGGCCCUUCCCCUGCUCCGAGUGCGACAAGCGCUUCAGCAAGAAGGCACACCUGACCCGCCACCUGCGCACGCACACAGGCGAGCGGCCCUACCCGUGUGCCGAAUGCGGCAAGCGCUUCAGCCAGAAGAUCCACCUGGGCUCGCACCAGAAGACGCACACCGGCGAGCGGCCCUUCCCCUGCCCCGAGUGCGAGAAGCGCUUUCGCAAAAAGACGCACCUGAUCCGCCACCAGCGCAUCCACACGGGCGAGAGGCCCUACCAGUGCGCGCAGUGCGCCCGCAGUUUCACGCACAAGCAGCACUUGGUGCGGCACCAGAGGGUGCACGCGGCGGCCGGCCGCACCCCGCCCUCUCCCGACGCGCCGGCCUCGCCCACGUCCUCUACCCCGUCCCCCACCGCCUCCUCUCCCGGACCCAAGCCUUUCUCCUGCUCCCAAUGCGGCCUGAGCUUCGGCUGGAAGAAGAACCUCGCCACGCACCAGAGCCUGCACAGCGGCAAGGAGCGCCCUUUCGGGUGCGACGAGUGCGCGCUGGGCGCCCCUGUGGACCCCGCGGCCCCCGAGCCCUUGGCCUGCGCGCCCCGAGGCACUCCGGCGCUCCCGGGCAUUCCGGCCGGCGAGCGGUCCUUCCUCUGCCCCGAGUGCGGGCGCAGCUUCGCCCACGGGCAGCACCUGGCGCGACAUCGGCGGGUGCACACAGGCGAGCGGCCCUUCGCCUGCGCGCAGUGUGGUCGCUGCUUCGGCUCGCGGCCCAACCUGGUGGCCCACUCCAGAGCCCACAGCGGCGCCAGGCCUUUCGCCUGCGCGCAGUGCGGCCGCCGCUUCAGCCGCAAGUCGCACCUGGGUCGCCACCAGGCGGUGCACACGGGCAGUCGGCCCCACGCCUGCGCCGUGUGCGCCCGCAGCUUCAGUUCCAAGACCAAUCUGGUCCGCCACCAGGCGGUGCACACCGGCUCCCGCCCCUUCCCCUGCCCGCAGUGCGGCAAGAGCUUCAGCCGCAAGACACACCUGGUGCGACACCAGCGCAUCCAUGCAGGAGCCGCCCACCCGGCCUCCGGAUCUGACCUCUCGAGCCCAGCCUGGCCCACGCCCACCCACGUGACCUCACCCGCGCUCUUCUUCUGAGCUUCGUUCUAGACCGGACCCGGCCUUUCCCUUCUUUUGCUCCCUGGUUCCAGAGACCCAUGCCGGACAUCUCCUGGGCACCGUGGCCUAGAUUGCCCGUGGCCAUUUUCCUCUCUUCUCCAUCCUGGUGGGGAAAAGUCUGGAAAGGAUACCUGGCUUUGACCUACAGUGUCAGAGAAAGGGCUAAGAGUAAACCCUUGAUGGGAACAGUUUAGGCCUGAGUCCUUGGAAAUCUCCCACUAAGAGACCCCAUGGGAAAGAUGAUGUUUCCUGGACCACUCCCCACCAAGGACUGAGUCAGGAACCUCUACAGGGGCAGGGAAAGAAUGGUGAUCUGUGUACUGAAAGUUUCAUUAAAAUUACAAUCCGAAGGUU